AUGGGUGCUUCCACGCUUCAUGAGCUCCACGAUGUUGUCAUCGACACCAUCAAGAACAUCACUCGAGGCGACUGGAAAGUCCUAGUACUCGACGAAGACUCCAAGAGAGUCAUUGACAAUGUCGUCAAGGAAGAUGACAUCCUCAACCACAAUAUCGCCAACAUUGAGCGCAUCGAACAAAAGAGGGACAUGAACCCCGAGAUGGACGCCAUCUACAUCCUAUCCCCCAAGGAGAACAUCGCCGAGAUCCUCGUCAACGAUAUCGAGCGACGCAGAUACAAGAAGUCUUUCCUGGUCUGGAUCGGUGUUCUUGAGCCCCGAGUCCGCCACCUGAUUGACAAUUGCCCGGGCGCCAAACAGAGCAUCGCCGGUUUCGAGACCCUAUCGAUCGACUUCUUCCCCCGCGAGUCGCACCUCGUUACCUUUAGAGACCCUUGGAGCUUCCCGAUCCUGUUUCACCCCGGGUGCAACAACCUGGUUGCACGUCACAUGAAGAUUCUCGCGCAAAAGAUCACCGGCGUCUGCGUCACUCUGGGCGAAUACCCGAAAGUUCGUUAUUACAGACCGAAGAACCCCCUUCACGAGGCUAGCGUGCUCUGCGCUCAUCUUGCUCGUUUCGUUCAAGAGGAGUUGGACGAAUAUGCGCAAUGGAACCAGAACUUCCCGCCGCAAACUUCGAGACCGACGGGUACCCUUAUCAUUACGGACAGAUCGAUGGAUUUGAUGGCCCCUCUGGUACACGAGUUCACCUACCAGGCAAUGGCCCACGACCUUUUGGAUAUUAAAGACGGCGACAAGGUUACAUACCACAUGGUCACCAACGAAGGAACGGCAGACGUGGAGGAAAAGGACAUGGAGCUGUCCGACAAAGACACUGUAUGGGUGGACAACCGACACCGACACAUGAAGGACACCAUCGACAAGCUCAUGGGAGACUUCAGAAAGUUCUUGGAGGCCAACCCUCAUUUCGUCAACGACGAACAGGACACGACGAGUUUGAACGCCAUCAGAGACAUGUUGGCUGGCCUGCCGCAGUUCCAGGAAAUGAAGGAGGCUUACUCCCUUCACCUGAACAUGGCGCAAGAAGCCAUGAACAUUUUCCAGCAUCACAAGUUGCCGGAUAUCGCUUCUGUUGAACAAAGUCUUGCGACCGGCUUGGACGAGGAUUUUAAGAAGCCCAAGAACAUCCUGGAUCAGGUUGUGCGACUCUUGGACGAUGAUGCCGUUACGCCCAGUGACCGAUUGCGCCUCAUCAUGCUUUAUGUCAUGUACCGCGAUGGCGUCAUUCAGGAGGACAUCAACCGACUUCUGGCACACUGUGGUCUUCCACAAAGAGACGGCGAGGUGGUGGUCAACCUCGAAAUGUUGGGAGGACGUCCCGUCCAUGCUUUGAAAGAUACCCGACCUCCCCCGCCGCCUCUAUUCCCGAAGAACACAAAGUCUGCAGAGGUCAGCGAAGAAUAUUCGCUUUCUCGCUUCGAAACCGCGAUGCAGACAAUGUUGGAAGAGCUCUGCCGCGGUACGCUGGAUCAGACGACGUUCCCCUAUGUGAAACCGCCAUUGGACCCUAAUGAGGACCUUUUGGCUUCGCAGCAGGGAUCGCUUCGUGCAGGUAGGCCAAACUGGGCAUCAUCAGGACGCCGACCGCCGGAAAACAGGCAACGCUUCAUCGUCUUCAUGGCCGGCGGUGCGACGUUCAGUGAGAGCCGUGCAUGUUAUGAGGUGUCUGCCCGCCAGAGCAAGGACAUCUUCCUGGCGACAAGCCACAUGCUCACUCCUCAGCUCUUCAUCCGCCAAGUAGGUGAUCUCACCAAGGAUAAGCGCGCACUUGAUAUUCCCAUGGAGCGGCCGACACCCCGCGCUCCCGCAUGGGUUUACGAGCGACCAGCUCCGCCGCCGAAUCCCAUGGCUAACCGCCCUGGGCCCGGCAUGGCGCCACCACCACAGCAAGGUCUGCCCGCUGGCGGUCGGAGGCCACCCCCGACAGGCGGCUUGCCUGGGCGCCCGGUCGCGCCGCCGACGGCUCAAAUGAGCCAAAUGAGCCUCAACCAGCCUUCGCCGGUAUCGAACGGGGCAGCCUCGCCAGCGCCGACGGAUGGAGGAAAGCCCUAUAAGGGCGAGAAGGAGAAGAAGAAGCGCAACUUUUUGGGAAUGAAGAAGGGCCACAAGGACAAGAGCUAA